AAACUCUUUUGUGUGAUAUAGAAAAGGGUGAGUGCGAUUAUUACACACAAAUUAGCAAUGGCGGAAGAAAUUCCCCCGAAGCAGCAGAUUGCUACGCAGGAAGAGAUGAUGAAAGCGCGUGUGCCGUUGGGAUACAGAGAUCAGUGUGCGCACUUGCUUAUUCCUCUGAAUGAAUGCAGGGUUAAGGAGUUUUAUUUGCCAUGGAAAUGCGAGCACGAUAGGCACACUUAUGAGAAAUGCGAGUAUGAGCUGUUCAUGGAGCGCGUCAGGAAGAUGCAGAAGAUUCGGAAGGAGGCUAAAUUGCUCGGCAGGGAUCCCAUGGAGUUGCUGGCUGAGCGCGCCGCUACAUGAUCGUGUAGGUAAUUUGAUUGCUUGAGAUCCAUCUCACAGCAUAUUUUUUAAAGAUGGUUCAAGAAAUCUACAAUUUCUGAGUCUAUGUUCAAAUUAAGGUAGGAACUUGACUUGAUACUUAAACAUUGGAAUUUGGAGAUGGACCGGAUAUUGUGACAAAAUAAGUUGGGACUUGACAUGAUGUUGUAAGCCACUCGUGAACUUCUAAUUCAGAAAAUUUGAUAACAUGGUCCCUGUCUGUGUGCUACAAAUGUACUUGCCAUGCAGUAGAGUAUUAAAUUGGAAUUUGUUGUUUUCAUUGAAACAAUGUGUUCUCUGGUGUAAAUUGGUAUUUUACUAAACAUUGAUGUGCCAAAUUUCUAUGCAUGAAUCAAUUUGCAGAAAUGAAACCUCAUUUGGAUCCUUAUCAUGUAGAAAGAUUACAUUCUGUUUUAUGCACGGAAGCCUCUUUAUGUGGGA